GCGCUCAUAGCGAUCGAUCGGGCAGAAUUCGCGCCUCCAUUUUUCUGGGAGAAAGCGGGAGAUCGAGAGAGCCGGACUAGCGGCUGGCAAGGAAAUUGUCUUCCUCUUCUCCACGAUGUACAGAACCAAAGUGGGCUUGAAGGACCGCCAGCAGCUCUACAAGCUGAUCAUUAGCCAGCUCCUCUAUGAUGGCUACAUCAGCAUUGCUAAUGGCCUCAUUAAUGAAAUCAAGCCUCAAUCUGUCUGUGCACCCUCGGAGCAGCUCCUGCAUCUCAUCAAACUAGGAAUGGAAAAUGAUGAUACUGCAGUUCAGUAUGCAAUUGGUCGUUCAGAUACAGUUGCCCCGGGCACAGGAAUUGACCUGGAAUUUGAUGCAGACGUCCAAACUAUGUCCCCAGAGGCUUCAGAGUACGAAACAUGCUAUGUCACAUCCCAUAAAGGACCGUGCCGCGUAGCCACCUACAGUAGAGAUGGGCAGUUAAUAGCUACUGGAUCUGCUGAUGCUUCCAUAAAGAUACUUGACACAGAAAGAAUGUUGGCCAAAAGUGCCAUGCCAAUCGAGGUCAUGAUGAAUGAGACUGCACAACAGAACAUGGAAAACCACCCAGUGAUCCGAACGCUUUACGACCACGUGGAUGAAGUCACAUGUCUCGCUUUCCACCCGACAGAACAGAUCCUUGCCUCUGGUUCAAGGGAUUAUACUCUUAAAUUAUUUGAUUAUUCCAAACCAUCUGCAAAAAGAGCCUUCAAAUACAUUCAGGAAGCUGAAAUGUUACGCUCCAUCUCUUUUCAUCCUUCCGGAGACUUUAUACUUGUUGGGACUCAGCAUCCUACUCUUCGGCUUUAUGAUAUCAAUACAUUUCAGUGUUUUGUCUCUUGCAAUCCUCAAGAUCAACACACCGAUGCUAUAUGCUCCGUGAAUUACAAUCCUAGUGCCAAUAUGUAUGUAACUGGUAGCAAGGACGGCUGCAUCAAGUUAUGGGAUGGUGUUUCAAAUCGAUGCAUCACAACUUUUGAGAAAGCCCAUGAUGGUGCUGAAGUUUGUUCUGCCAUUUUCUCCAAAAAUUCGAAAUACAUUCUCUCCAGUGGAAAAGACUCUGUAGCUAAACUUUGGGAGAUAUCAACAGGACGAACGCUGGUCAGAUACACAGGUGCCGGCUUGAGCGGGCGGCAGGUGCACCGGACGCAGGCCGUGUUCAACCACACCGAGGACUACGUACUGCUGCCGGACGAGAGGACCAUCAGUCUGUGCUGCUGGGAUUCUCGCACAGCCGAGCGCCGGAACCUGCUCUCCCUGGGCCACAACAACAUCGUGCGCUGCAUCGUGCAUUCGCCCACCAACCCCGGCUUCAUGACGUGCAGCGAUGACUUCCGAGCACGGUUUUGGUACCGGAGAUCAACCACGGACUAGCCCGCCUCCAGGAUACGGGGUUCUUUUCUCGAGGACUGUGCCCCUCCUGCCCCUGCAUCCCAUCACCAGCUCCAGCUCCGGUAGUAAGUCACUGCACCACCUGGCAGUCGUGCUCCCACCUCUCCAUCCUUCUUGGAUUUGUACAAAAGAAUCUUUUUUUACCUUGAUGUAGAAUCAUGGUGGGAAAAGUUGGAAACGCAGAUCUGUGCGGUGGUUCUGCAUUCACUGAUUAUUACAGUGUGAUUUUCAUCGGUUUUGUAAAUACAGGACUUGCCAUUUCUCUUGAAUCUCUUGAUCAUUUGAAGAAGGAUAGAGUAUUAAAGUGCUUUCUAGAUCUCAAGUGGAUCUGUCCUGAGGAAUUUUCGUUUGAUGGUUUUGUCAACUUCUGUGCCUGUUCUACAACCUCUUUGUCUAUAUAUCUCCUUGCAGAAUACAUUUGGGCAGAUAAGUAGGCAUACGGCUCUGAGAAUCAAGAGUGUUGUGCCAUAUUAAAACCAUUUUAGAGAAUCUAUCAGUUCUAUCCUAAAAUGACAUCAUCCUGAAAAUAAAGCUCGAAUCUCCA